AUGUUUCACCUAUUCUACACCGUCGCCGCGUCGGAUACUCCAAAAUCCAAAGCACCCAAUCAAGGACCUCCCUCGUGCUCUCCGCAAGAAUCAAAGUCCCUCUCGCAAGCAGUAACGGUACCGGUACGAAAUCUGGGCUUGGACUCAGAACAUCUGCAGCUUGCAACACAUAUGGGACUAGGCACACGGCUGAAGGAGGCCUGGAAGAGUGCACUACCACCUAGAGACCAAUGUGUAGGCUGUUUCAAAGAAGUCCCACUCACGAAAAUAAUCACCGCACCCUGCACGCAUAAAUACUGCCCAGACUGCAUCUACAACAUGGCAUCUAUAGCCAUGAGAACAAAGGCAUUGUUCCCAGUGCGAUGCUGCGGACAAGAAAUCCCCGCAAAGCCUGUGGGCUCAACAAUGGGUGUCCGUGAGAGGAAGCUCUACAUAUCUCGAGUUGAUGAACAUGCGGUCCCAGCAGCGGAUCGUUGGUAUUGUCCGCAAACAUACUGCCGUCGAUGGAUCCAUCCGCGUUAUUUUGUGCCGUCCAAGCCACUGAAAUGUCCUCAUUGCCGGGCCUUGAUUUGCCUGAACUGUCGGGAUUUAGCCCACAAUUUCCGUGCUUGUGUUGCUGAUUCUGCGCUAGAUGAGGUGCUUCUGAUGGCCCGGGAGAAGCAUUGGCAGCGAUGUUUUAGUUGCCAUACACUUGUUGAGAAGAUUGAGGGGUGUCGCCAUAUGAAAUGUGUUUGCAGAGCUGAAUUCUGUUAUCAAUGCGGUCGAUCUUGGGAUCUUUGUGCUCAUGCUUGCAGAGGGGCUGCUGAGGUGGUGGCCGGUGCCAUUCAGAUAGGGGAUGGUGACCUCGAUCUCAUCACGGUGGUUGCUGCCAUGGAACAAGCUGAGAGAGAGGAAGAGGAGGAGAUCUCUAGAGAGCAGUACCGGGUCAGUUAA